GGGAUAAAUUGUGACAACUUGUGAACGUUGAGUUUUAUUUUUGUCCCCCACUGUACAUCUCACUUUUGAGAAGAAAUAGAAAUAUAUCUUACUGAACGCUUCUGUCAGCUCGGUAGAGAAAUCUAUCUGAAAUCCUGGAUAUGCAAUCUUUUUUUUUACUGUUGCGCCACCUGGCGAACAGUUCAAGCUAAACUGAACUGAGGAAAUAUUUGUCUGAAAAAAUUUGAAAUAUCUCACAGGAUAUUGCCUUUACUGAAACUGGAAAAUGGGUUGAGGCUGAUCAGUGCUUCAAAAUGCUACAUAAAAGAAAAGACUGAAUUAAACAUGAGGUAAAAAAUGAAAAUGGUUUAAUAAGCUAACAAUGGGAACUGGGAGCUCACUAUUCCAUCGCAAUGAUGAGGACGAUGUCCUGGGGAUGGAGUAUGACAGCAACAGCCAGGGAGUGAUUAAGAGAAUUCCAAUUGAAGUCAAACCAAGAGGAAAACUUGGAUUGCGUUCUGUCGGAUCAUUUGGUCGUAAGCCGAAAGGUGGAAGUUUGCGUUCAGCCCUGUCUGUGGACUUGGAGAACCCAGAGGCAGAGAAGAUACGCAAAGACUUUGAUAUGUACAGAAUGAAUAAGGAGAGUGAAAUACAGAAUAUGCAGAAGAAAGAGCAGAAAUUGGAAAUGGAAAAUAAACGUCUUCGUGGUGAACUUCAGGCUUUACAGAAAUCAUGUGGCAACCUGAGGCGGGAACGUGAUGCUGCUGUGGCUGCUGAACAAGAUGCUUUGGCCAGAGGCUCUGCAUUCAGGGAUGACAGAGAUAAAGUUCAGAGGCAGUUCAAGCUAUUUCGUGAGACCAAAGAACAUGAGAUUCAGAAUCUACUGAAGGCAAGGCGUCAACUAGAGACAAAGCUAUCUCGUCUCUCUCAGGGUAGUGUCAUUGAUGACCCAGAUUCAGUCUCUAGAACUGGAGUAGAUAUAAGUCUAGGUGGAGGUAACCCUGGAGAUUGGUGGACAGCAUUAGAGAGUGAACCAUCCCUUGGAAGUUCUACUCAGUUACACCAGCAAACUUAUAUGGGACCAGAGUUUGCUCAGAGUAUUGUAGAACUCAAUGGACCGUUCACAAAUGUAAAUAAAGAAGAUUGGCAUGCAGCUGCUGCAAGUCUGGCUCAAGUGGUGCCUGUAAUACCAGAGACAAUCACAUCUGCAGCUGUUAGAAUUUAUGUUGCAUUUGCCUCAGAUACUCAGGGUGAUGUAGAAUUUUUUCUAAAUACAAUUGGUCCAAAGCUGCAAGGUAUAUGUGAGGCCGAGGGGAGGUAUCUUCUUAUAAUACAUAUGCCAAUCACUAAAGAUCAGCAAUUACUCAAGAUGGCUGCCCAAUCGCGUAUUUCCCAGGCAGAGGGUGCAUCUAUAUUCCUUGGUAUUCUUGCUGAACAGACACAUAGGAGCACAAAUGAUGAAUUCAGUGCAGGUCACUUCAACAAUCCUGGGGCAAAACCCUGCCUAGUGGCAUUCCAUGCAAAACAACAUCAAUCAAGAUCACAAACUGCUGUCGAUAAAUUGAAAAAGAGGCUGCAGGACAGUCAUGGUGUUAAAAUAUUUGAAUACUCAUUGAGCCAAAAUCUCUGUGAUACUGUCUACUAUGAACUAGAAAAAAUAACAAAAAUUGAGUUGGGAAUCAACAUACAUGAAGAACAAGAGACUACAGGAUCAGACUCUGGAUACUCUGAGGCUGAGGCUGAUACUCUCUGUAUAGGAGGAUUGUGGGAUCUACAUGGUGAGAUUGAGCAGGCUGAAUCUCUAUUACACGCUGUCAGAUCUAGUUGUGAAUUAGGCUUUGAGAAGUAUUAUGAAAGGUUGAAUUGCCAUGUGGCAGCUGCUGGGCCUCUCUCCCCAUUAUUAAUCACAGGAGACCAGGGUUCUGGUAGAUCUCUUCUACUUGCUAAGUGGAUCCCCCUGUUCCAACACAGAGGAGGGGGGCUAGUGCUGUACCACUUUGUUGGAAUGCCAUCGUCUAGCAGUGCAGACCCUGUACUCAUGAUUAGGAGGUUCACAUCACAGUUGAUGCAGCAUGUGACAUCACCACCUGCUUUGACAUGUGACCCAGGGCGUCUCGUGGAUGAGUUCCCAAGGUGGCUAGAGAAGGUGUCCUCAAAGACGCCUGGUGGCAUUAUUCUGGUACUAGAUUCCAUUGACAGAUUCCAGCAAGCUGAGGUGCACUUGAAGUGGCUCCUGGACCCGCUCCCAGUGGACACCAGGGUCAUUGUGUCAGUGCAUAAACAGUCAUGUCCAAAAUCUUGGAGGUCUUGGCCUAGUAUUCACUUAGAGCCACUAAGCAACAAGAAUGUGCGAGAGCUACUGCAUGCUGAACUAGCUAGCUUAGAGACAUCUAUGAACAGAGAACAAGAAAGUCGUGUGUUGACCCACUGUCGUACAGCUGCAACAUGUAGCCCUCUCUAUGUUACUCUACUCUCAAGUGAUCUUGCUGGCUGUGGAAGCAAACAACUUGAGACUAAACUGGAUUGUUUAUUGGCUGCAGGGAAUACCUCAGAAUUGUACAAACUUGUAAUAGAUGGCAUCAUUGAAAUGUUUGAUGAUCAGAAUGUCGGGGAAAUUGUACAAAAAGUGUUGUUGUAUAUCAACUGUACGAGGAAUGGCUUGGGAGAAUGGGAGCUCAUGUCUCUUAUACCAGAGUUGACUUGGACUUUAUGGGCCCCUAUAUACAGCCUUCUUGAGGCCAGGCAUAUCCUAAAAACCAGUUCCUCGCUAAUAACAAUUUCUCAUGAAAUUGUACAAGAUUUAGUGGCUGAAAUGUUCUCUGACCAAGAUGAAGUUUUCACUGUGGCUAAAGGAGAUUUAAUAGCAUAUUUCUCACAGUUCCUCAUCCCUGGGAGUGUUACAUGCCGAGUGGCUGAUGAGUUACCUUGGCUCCUACACAGCAUAGGGGAUAAGGAGCAGUUGCAGGCCAUUAUCAACAAUUUGUGUAUUUUCCAAAGAUUGUAUGGAAGGGGCAGAUGUCGAGAGUUGAUUGGAUACUGGCAGUAUGUGGGAGCAGAUAAGAACAAGAUGGCACAGUCCUAUUUUGCUGCCACCAAGAAGAUGGAAGAAUUUGUAGGAGGAUUCAAUGGAAUGGUUACCCUCCCAAGAAUAGCUGAUAUGUAUGAGGCUUUAGGAAGAUUUCUCCGAGACUUAGGCCUGCUAGCUCAGGCUUCAACUCCACUACAGCGAGCCCUAGAAGUGAGGGAAACAGCUCUAGAUCCUGACCACCCAAGUGUAGCUCAAUCAUUGCAUCAAUUAGCAGGUCUGCAUGCACAAUGGAACAAGUUCAGUACAGCUGAGGCACUUUACAAGCAAGCAUUGGACAUAUAUGAGAGUGCAUUUGGCUCAAAUCAUCCUCUUGUUGCCAAAGAACUAGAUUCACUAGCUGUAUUGUUUCAGAAGCAGGACAAGCAUGAGCUGGCUGAACCUCUACAUAUGCGGGCAGUGGCAAUACGUAAGAAGACUGGAUUACCUAGAAUAGGCUCUGGUCAGUUAAAAGGAGUGGACACCAUACGCAGGCGUGUUCUCCAGCUUGAAGAACUCGCAUUAGGACCUGAUUCCCCAGACCAUGCACGCACUCUCAAUGAACUUGGAGUACUUAACUAUCUGCAGAACAAUCAAACAGUUGCUGAAUCAUUCUUCCAGAGAUCUCUAGCUAUGCGUGAGGCUGUUUUAGAAUCUGAUCACCCAGACCUCGCACAGUCUCUUAACAACCUAGCUGCUCUAUAUAAUGAUAGAAAGCAGUACAAUGAGGCAGCUCCAUUAUAUGAGCGAGCCUUGCUGAUUCGAAGGAAGGUACAGGAAGGUGUGGACUCGCACAGAUGUUUAAAGAACGUUACAUUUGACUUAAAUAUCACGUGCCAGGAAUGUAGUAGCAACCUUAACGACUUUGCUAAAAUAAAGAGACUGUAA